GGCAGGGCUCCAACCGUCGAGGUUCUAGUUACUUUCUGACACUGUUCUACGCUUCUUGUCCGUCUGGCUCGGCGUGGGAUCAUAGGGGCAGUUAUAUAUCUAGGUAUGUUUGGAUAGGCUUGGACACCUCCAUCAAUUGUUGGAAGUACACCAUGUCAUCCGCAGACGAGAUCUUUUCUCAACUUCCAGAGCCCGACAGUCACCUAGUAUAGACUCGGCCGAUGGAGCAAGGGAUAGAUACCCCUUUCGGGCAAUGCCGUGCCGGGUCCACCGCAAAAUGAAGGCCGAUUCCUUGGUUGGUGAGGCUCCGGUAUCCGCAAGACAAUGGAGAAAAAAUGUGAUGCGAGUGCGAAACAGACCAGUGCCGUCGCCGUUCCGUCUGAUAGGAUCUGCAUGACUGUCGGCGCCCCGCUGCCAACCUGACGGCUGGGUCCAGGCCCUGGUUUCCGGGCCCGCCCCAUGACUUUUUUGUCUCCGCUGUUUGGCCCAGGGGAAGGUUAUUAAAAUACAUGGGCCGCCGCCAUCUCUUGCUCCCUUCUGGCUUGGAAAGACGAUGUUUUGAACUUCUGACCUCUUCCCGGGCCACCAGCCCCACGCCAACCACCGCUCCCGCCUGCUCCCUCCCCCGGUCUACGCCGCCGCAACAGAUGACGACAUCACCGGGUGCCCUACCAUGAAGAGUCCCCGACGUUUUUACGCCCUUGUUGGGCUGUGUCUCUUGGUAUUCGUCAACACGGUCGCCGCCGGCGCGAAGCAAGUCUCGCUGGAGCAUGAGCUCCUCGCGCUACCACCAUGCGCGUUGCCCUGCGUCGUGGACGCAAUCCGGGACGCCAAGUGUUCCGCACACGACAACGAAUGCAUAUGCUCGUCGGCGAGGUUCGACAAAGAGGCCCACUUCUGCGUUCGCACCCAUUGCGCCCCGAGGGAGACUCUCGCGGCCAAAAACAUUACGUAUCAAUGGUGCGACCAUCCCAACGAGGGAGACCGGACGCUUCUCCCCGCCUUUUCCAUCUUUUUGGGUCUCGCCAUUGCCGCCGUGGCUCUGCGGUUGGUAGCCCGAGUGGUGACGGAGGCCUGGUUCUGGUGGGAUGAUUUGUGCAACUUUUUCGCCAUUGCUGGGUGUGCUGCGUACACGGGGUUGUACAUCGAGGCGGUCCAUUUUGGGAUGGGAAAAGACAUCUGGUUCGUGCCGUUUGACAACAUCACCAAGAUCAUGCAGACGUAUUUUGCCACCAUGUUGACGUACGUGACGACUCGAUUCUUCAUCCGCGCCUCCAUCAUCCUCUUUUACCUGCGAGUCUUUCCCGCGCAGUCCAGCUUUAGGCUGGGCAAGGUGAUUGUCUGGACGGGCGUGUUCAACAUUAUUUACACUAUCGCCUUCUUCUUCGCCUCCUUGCUUCAGUGCCAACCGAUAUCAGCGUUUUGGACGGCGUGGGAGGGCGUUGGGAAGGAUCAGUGCAUCAACCUCAACGCGAUGGCUUGGUCGGCGGCGGCGACAGGGAUAGCGUUUGAUUUAUGGCUGCUGGCUUUGCCGUUUCCGCAGCUGCUGUCGCUUAAUCUGCACUGGAAGAAGAAGUUGAUGGGGUCGAUGAUGUUUCUUGUGGGCGCAGCUGUGAUUGUCAUCAGCUUGAUCCGGCUCAAGACUAUCAACGCGACCACCCGGGCUGUCAACCCUACUAAGGAUACGGUGGACCUUUCCCUGUGGAGUGGCAUCGAAAUCGACGUGGGCGUUAUCUGUCCCUGCCUGCCUAGCUUCCGACUCCUCCUGCGAAAGGUCCUACCGCGCCUGAUGGGAGAGUCUACAAGGUCGUACGAGCUUGACCCGAUCUCCAAGGGGGAAGGAGGCGUGACGGUGACGACCAAGAUCUCGGCCCAUAUUGAGCCGUCGGGGAAUAAUGGGAUAUUCUUGCGGCCGCACAAGGACUCGAACACGGGGAGGAGCUGUGAGAGUGUUACUGGACUGGUGGAGCUGUCGGAUGAGGAGACCACCACCCCUCUGAUCGCCAAGCCAGACCCUCACAUUUGCGGCCUCAGACUCAACAGCACCAAAGACCACCCCUUCACCAGUGUCCACGCCGGCCUUGACAUUCCCACCCUGAGCCUGCGCGACCACUCGGAUUACCAGUCCUUCCGAUGGGGGGAGGGGGAGUGUUACGCCAUGGCGUUUGCCGACGACCACACCAUCAUCAUCAUCCCUCCCGACUGGCGGACCAACCUCAAGAUCAUCACCAUCUCGCACAACGCCAUGAAGAAACGGGCUGACGAGAACGGGUGUUACAUUCGCCCCGGCCAAAAUGUCGGCAUGUCGGCCAACCAGUCCGUGCGCAAGCUGCGCGUCCCGGGUGUGAUUUUCAACAGUCAUCUCAGCUGGGUUGAUCAUACCAGACAUCUUCGAGUCAAGGUUCUCAAAACCGAGCAGUAUAUGCGGCGAAUCUCCAGCUCCAUCAGAGGACCCCCGACGUGGCAGAUGCGAAGUCUCUUCUGCUCCAAUGUUCGACCCGUGCUUUUCUACGCCGGCACCGCGUGGUACCUGCCCGACAACAAGCGACAUGCGGACAGCUGGAACACGGCCUUGAAGAUGCUCGAAGCGGCUCAGAGGCAAUUCCACCGUGCUCGUCAUGAUCAGCUUUCUGACCACUACAAGAAUCUCCACGCCAUCAGUGACAGACCAAUCAAGGUGUUUGGAAACAGGAAGUAUCGUCUCAUCGCCUCGCAACAUCCCAUCAUCAAGGCCUACGCACACGCUGCGCGCUACCACCCAAGACUGCUGAGAUGGAGCUUGAGCAGGCCUCCAACUGUCCCAAACGGCACCACCCGAAACACACACUCUCGCCUCUUAGUUAUUGACCCAGGGCUGAAGUAUGUCAAGGACAUCAAUCCGAAUCUCGUCAAAGGUAGGAGGUCAGAGCGCGUCUUCACCGUCGACGCUUGCUUGCUCGGCAAUCAUCGACAACCGGCCUUUCGAAGGCUGGGACGAUACGACUUUUGGAUUGCGUGGGUCGUUCGGCUUCCGCGGUACGAUGGGAACAAACGCAGUUUUCAAUGCGGCAUGGUGUUUGGUGCGCCGGAACUUGACUUUGCGGCCGGUGGUGAGCUUUCUUCGAUGCUUUGAUGGGGAGCGACAUCGUGUCCGUGUCUUGUCCCUUUGAUGCUGAUCUGGCAGCUCGUUGUAUUGGUUGAGUUUUUUGUGG